AUGCUGCAGAGUUCCAUUCAACAAAGAGCUCAUAGACGAGGAUUUUCAACGCCAUGCAACUCACGAUGUUUAUUAAAGACUUUCAGCUACAACCCUAACAUUCAAUAUGAUGGCCACCCAGAUAUAAACAUUGGAGAUAUGUCCAUCACUUGCUCUUUCUGCAAUGCUAAUAAGUGGUCCAGAGAAACUCCUGCUAUGUGUUGCACUAACGGAAAAGUUAACCCCACUCCCUUGCAGGAUCCACCACAGCUGUUAAGGUCACUCUACGACGGCACAAAUACGGAGUCGAAACAUUUCCUAAAUAACAUCCGCAAGUACAAUUGUGCAUUCCAAAUGACAUCUUUCAGCGCUAAUGUUGUUCAAGAAGGUGAGUUUAUGCCAACUUUCAAAGUUCAGGGACAGGUUUACCAUAGGAUAGGAUCGCUCGAACCUGCUGAAAAUAAAGAUCCUCAAUUCCUUCAACUGUACUUUCUAGGUAAUUUACAUGAGCAAGCCACCCGACGAAACUCCAUUUCCAAUGGCACUAAAUUUCAAUUGAUAAUGCAACUGCAAGACCUGCUGCACCAGACAAACAGCUACGUACGCAGCUUCAAGUAUGCCUUGGAAACCGAUACUUGUUCUAAUUUCAAUGUUGUCAUAGAUGCUCAGAAGAGACCAUCUACAGAACAUGCAGGCUGUUACAAUGCACCCACAUGCAAUGAAAUAGCUGUACUCCUUCACGGUCAACAGCACAAUCCCAGAGACAUUGUCCUUUGGCGACGUGACACCACCCUCCAACGAAUUACAGAAACACACCGAUCAUACGACACACUUCAGUAUCCACUUCUGUUUGUUUAUGGUGAAGAUGGCUACCACAUCGGUAUACCACAGCAACAUCCACAAAAUCGUCAUGAAUAUCUGAACAAGCAAGUAUCCUGCAUGGACUUCUACUCAUACCAAUGUAUGACACGAAACAACUCCUGUAAUCACCUCCACCAGUCUCAAGAUCUGUUUCAUCAAUUUGCAGUUGAUAUGUGCGCAAAAAUGGAAUCAGAGAGAUUGUGUUUCAUCAGAUCACAUCAACAAAAAUUGCGCUCUGACAGCUACAUCCAUCUCCGAGAUGCCAUCAACAACGAUGCUGCUCCAACAAGCAUAGGAAGACUUUGCAUCUUGCCUUCCACAUUCACUGGAAGUCCGCGAUAUAUGCAUGAAAGAACACAGGAUGCAAUGACCUUUGUACGCCAUUACGGCAGGCCUGACUUAUUCAUCACUUUCACAUAUAAUCAUAAGUGGAAGGAGAUUCAGGCCGAACUCUUCUUCGGUCAAAAGCCUAAAGACAGGCAUGACAUCCUCGCUCGAGCUUUCCAUCUGAAAUUAAUUAUUCUCAUGGACCUCAUCAAAAAAGGGCAAAUCUUCGGACCCAUACAAUGUGACAUGUACACAAUCGAAUGGCAAAAAAUGGGCCUUCCACAUGCUCAUAUCCUGCUUUGGCUCUCAACGAAGAUCAAAUCAACUGACAUCGACAAGAUAAUCUCUGCAGAACUUCCUGAUCCAGCUUUAGACAAGGUACUAUACGACAUAGUUAAAGCAAACAUGGUGCAUGGUCCAUAUGGGCAUGGAUUCAACCAUGUUUGA